AUGCGCCGCGCUAUCCUGUGGCUGUCCUCCGGCUGCCUUCUGCUGGCCACUCUAGUUGGGGCACAGCAAAUCGGCCAGGACCUGCUCAUCUCGAGGAUGGGCAGUUGGCAGGAUGAACUGAACACCCGGGAUCUGGCGAGGGCCACGAGUUACCUGACGAGGAAGUACAUAGCCGACAGGAUCAACACGCUGGUCGUCCGGCAGGACUGUCUAGAGUGUCCCUACGAGAUGAGCCACCGCCAGCGACAGCUCGUCGACCAGAUCCUGGAGAGCCUCCCCCCCGAUCUCAGUGUCCUGCUGCACAGCGACACGCCCCAGGAGACCUCCUGGGAGUACACGCUCUUCGUGGUCAAGGACCACACCGCCUUCAAAGACAAGGUGUUCUACUUUCCCUACGAGUUGCUGGAGCGGGAGUUCUUCUGCAUGGUGGUGGUGACGGAGUUCCAGAGCCCCGGCACCGUGAAGCGGACGGUCGGACGCAUUGUGGCCGCCAAUCUGCUGCUGUCCUUCGUCAACGUGGUGGUGGUGGCUCAAAUGGAGAACGGUACGGUGGCCAUCUACAGCUACAAGCUCUUCAAGGCCAACUGCACGCCGGGCAUCACGGUGCGGCAGAUCAACCACUUCGACAGGACAACCGGGAAGCCGCUGCAGACGAUGACCGACCUCUAUCCCGUGCGGCAUGGCCACCUGGGCGACUGCCCGCUGAACGUGGGUGCCAACCACCUGCCGCCCCACCUCAUCUACAAGCGGCACCGCCAUCCGCCGCCCUCCAACGAGACCAUUCCCGCCCAGGACGUGUCCGGGAUCGACUGGGACCUGCUCCAGCUGCUGGCCAAGGCGCUGCGGUUCCGCAUCCAGCUCUACAUGUCCCACGAGCCCAGCCAGAUCUUCGGCGAGGGCAACGUUUCCGGCUGCUUUGCGCAGCUGGCGGACGAGAGCGUGGCGAUAGCCAUCGGGGGACUGAGUGGCUCGGACAAGCGCCGCUGGCAGUUCUCCCGGUCGACGGUGUACCACCAGAGCCACUUCGUGAUGGUGGUGCGUCGGGAUCGGUACCUGGGUCGCUUCGGACCCCUGAUCCUCCCAUUUCGCGGGAAAGUGUGGGGCGUGAUCAUAGUGCUGCUCCUCCUGGCCAUCCUGGGCACCUGUGGGCUGAGAUCCCGCCUGGGGGUGCGACGUCCUCUGGAGAACCUGCUCCUGGUGUGUGUGGGCAAUCCGGUACCCAUGCAUCGGGUGCCGGGAACGGGAUUCCUGCGCUACCUCCUGGCCAGCUGGCUGCUGCUCACCCUGGUGCUCCGGUGUGCCUACCAGGCGCGACUCUUCGAUGUCCUGCGCCUAUCGCACCACCGCCCCCUGCCCGAGGAUCUGAUCGGUCUGAUCGAGGACAACUAUACCCUGGUUUCGAACGGCUAUCAUGACUUCUAUCCCCGGCAACUCACUCGCCGGCUGGGGGAGUCCUUUGCCUCACGAUUCGAGCGGGUUCAGAGGGCAGCUCCGGGCGAGAGGCUGACCACCAUCUCGCUGAUCAGCAAUCUGGCCUAUUGGAACCACCAGAACCGGAACAUCAGCAAGCUGACCUUCGUGCGCCAGCCGAUCUACUUGUACCAGCUGGUCAUCUACUAUCCCAGGAACUCCUUCCUGCGACCGGCCGUGGAUCGCAAGAUCAAGCAGCUGCUGAGUGCCGGCGUGAUGGCCCACAUCGAGAGGCGGUAUCUGCAGUACGUGGACAAGCCGGAUGUGGCCGCCAAUGACCCCGACCUCCUGCCCCAGAUCACCCACAAGAUAAUGGCCGGGGCCUAUCGCAUCCACGCCCUGGUGAUGGUCCUGGCCACCGGGAUGUUCCUCCUGGAACUCAUCUCGGGUCGCUGGGAGGGCGGAUUGCGCAGCUGGAUGGAGUGGGUGCACAAACCGGAUGAUAAGUCAUCGAAAUAA